AUGUCCAACUACGCAUCGUCUUCGAUGAGCUCACUUUCUACUCUCUCAGCAACUUCCAACGUCUCGCCCAUGUUAAGUCCCAGUCCUUCAAACAUCUCGUUGUACGCGACAUUGCCCAGGAGCCCCCUGCGCAAAACCGCAACUGGAGGCCAACACCCUUUGGCGACAGUAUCGACAUUCGAGUCAGACCCAGCAACAGCAAUCAACGAGGCCACUGAGAGUGUCGAGGCGGAUAAGUCUUGCACAGAUACUCAACAGCCAACAGUCGACUCAUCAGCAGCAAAAGCACCGUCGACCCUGAAUGAGAGCAUCCAGUUAUCUUUGAAAGUCGCUGCUCCCAGUCUGAAGGACACGUCAUUGGACCAUCCCAAGAGCCGUCUCCUCAGUGAGGGACAACGGCAAACUGGAUCGUCUAAUAUAGACAAGAAACAGGAGGACUUAAGGGUACUAAAAAGCGCUGUUCUUUCAGGAUCUCAUAACAUCCUGAUGCUCCAAAUCAAGGCCGGUACCCAGAGCAGGAAUCUCGAAAUGGCCGCCGCUGUCGAACUAGGCGAUAACCAGGAGACCAGCGAUCCGGAUUGGGAAAGUGUUGCCGUGACAUCUGGAGACACUCAACCUCUGUCCCCUCUCACCGCCUCAUACCCAGUCUCGAUUCAUUGUCCUCUGGCCCCUUCCAGCACAUCAGUCGAUACCUCUGCCGAUGAAAGCACCCCAACUGAGUCGGUCGCUGAAUCAGAGCCGCAAACACAAACGCUUGCAGAGACUACGCGAACGACAGCUACACCCUCGCCAACAGGAGCAACCACUGUCACGGCGCCAUCUGAACCAAAACGGGAGUUUGAGAUGUGGAUGCCACCACCACCCAGACCACGACAGACACAGGACACCCAUCGAGCUCAGCCCCAACCCCAGCACCAUUCUCGACUUCAUUUCCCUCGACUCUUGAAACAGCGCUCGUUCAACUUUCCUUUUACAACGUCUUCAUCAUCGGCUUCUGGUACUUCCUCGUUGCAGAGUGGAUCUGGUGCUAACCCAGCUUCGAGGGCAUCAGUCGAUGGCGGCUCUUCCUCGCAGGCAGCAGGGUCAAGGUCAGAGGGUCAGGAUCGGGCAGAACGAACGUCGUCAUGUGAUAUCCCUCGCCCUGUUGGACCACCAGAUCCUAUCCCGCCGCACUACCAGCAUCUUCAAAACCGCCAGAACCGGAGAAGUUCCUCGUUCCGUCGACGGUCACACGCCGGAGAGCUGGAGCGGUUCUCACCUGGAUGGGUCGUCGUGGAGAACUCUCAUCAGGGUAGUGGCCAAACAGGAGGAGCAACGUCGCCCACUAGGGCUUCUAUGAGCGACGAUCAAGCGGCGGCGGCUACUUCUACGGAGGCGCAUCAGCGACGGAGCUCAGCAACUACAUCUCGUCGUCAUGUGUCCUUGGGAGUACAGCCUCACUUGACGUCCAUGUGGGGUCGUCUGUUGACGUCCAUUCUUCCUUCAGGAAAUGACCAUCAUCAGCAUGCGCAGGAUACCGACAGCGCACCUCUCAGGGACCGGGACAACUCUGCAGCAGCAUCAGCACUUCCGUUGAGUGGAGAUGUCGACCCGUACCUGCAACAACAGCGCCUGCUCUUGACACCUCUGAGCCAGCAACAGCAGAUCCACCCUCUCUACCAACAACAGCUGUUCUUCUAUGCAGAUGAAGUCGUGAGCGAACCUACGCGACGAAUUUCAGAGUCGUCGGAUCCUCCCUGUUUCCAAUCAGGUUCCGAGGACGCCUCUAACAACCAGCCAAGGCGGUCUAUGGCCAGCGAGAGUCUCCGAAGUUCAGAUUCCCUUUCAUUCUUCCCAGCCCUGGCCCACAAUGCACAUCUGCAAGGAGAACUUGCCCAAGAAGACGGUCGUGAGAGUCUAGAGAUGAGCUCAUCGGACUCGGGAGUCUCCAUGAGACCCGAUUCGUUUUUCGGUCCGGCUGUUGUUGUGGGUAGCGACACUAUCCUGUCACCGAGGUCAUUGUCAGCGGAUGGCAAGAUCCCCGUCUCUAGUCUGGCAUUGUCGCAGCCUCCUUCUUACUGGGAGGCCGAAAUCAAGUACAAGGGUUGGCCCAAGAUUGUGCCCCGCCCCGAGCUAGGUCAAGAAGCUCUACCCCGGAGGACGUUUGCUCAUCUUCGCGGUACGGCGUUAAGGUUAUACGCUGUCGAUAUGGAAGACGUGCCCCGACUCCAUGUCCGCAACAUCAGUCUCCAACUUGCGAAAUGUGAGAUUGCGACCGACUACAAGCAACGACCCAACGUGAUCCGAAUCCGAGCCUGCGAUCGUACUGUUUUGAUCGAGUGCAAGGACAGGGUUGAUGCCUUGACCUGGUUGGAGCACUUGCAGGCCGCUGCCAACAUUGCGACCAGUCUUGAGGAUAGGUCUAUGCCAAAGUUUUAUACCUUGCCUCGAGCUCCGCCACAGUCCCAACAUCAGCAACAGAGCAGUCGAUCUGCGGCGUCGUCGAAUGCACAGUCGAGCGGUGCUGGGUCGAAUGUCUCUGCACGGAACCAUCAACAAACUCCUCAGCCACUGCCGCCAGUUCCGCCAUUGUUGGCACAGCAGCAGCAGCGUCGUGCGUCUGUGGUGCCGAUGGUUGCUUCUCCUCGUAGCAGCACUGAAGUGGAUGCAGGCGCAGGUUCUGAGCGUCGAGUUCGACGAUCGAGAAGUGGUGGACUCUUGGCGACGACAACGACAACAACACGGUCAGAGCGGAAUUCUUCAGACCAAGAAAGAAGGAGGAGGGAUCGACGAAGCAACAACGCGUUGAGUGACGAGGCGGUACUACGGAAUGUUCUCCAUGCUCUGGGUCAUACGCCGGAAUUGAACUCGGGCUCCUCACCUUCGACGGAUGAGAAUGAGGUUGAUGAGGAAGAUGACAGUGAGGAUGAUGAGGAUGACGGUCAGGCCACGGAUGUUGAGGCGUAUCCUUCUUCUGCGGCUUCCAUGACUGCAGCGGCGGUUGCGGCGCAAGGGUCAGUGAGGCUUAGGAGAUCGGCUGGGCAUCGGUGUGGUGGCACCUGUCAUCAUCAUCACAGCCACAGUCGCAGCCACAGACACCGGGGUCACCACCACCAUGACCAUAAUAUGACGGAUGCUGUUGCGGACGGUCCAGCUAUGGUCAGUGUUAUUGCGACGGAUGAUGAAGGAGGUCAUCCUCCUGCUGGUGGAAGGCGGAGUGAGGGUCAUUCGGGUCUAGAGACACCUACAUCGACGCGUGGUCUUCCUCGACUUGUGACUUCGCCCAGCGCACAGACUGCAACACGCCAGCAGCAAAGGGCGAGUUGGAACAGGAGGCUGUUUGGAGGUCUCUGGAAUCAUCACCAUGAAUCUUCCUCUUCGCAGCAGCAGCAGCAGCAACAUACUCCCGAGCCUUUGACCGCUGCAACCUAA